UAUUUUGAACAUGAUGAUCCUGAACUUUUUGUGAAUAAAGUGAAGUAUAUUUUGGAAAAUGAUAUAGACAAUAUGGGCUUGUGUUUUACAGAAGAAAUAUAUGAUUCAUCUGGACAGUUAAUUGAGGAAGUUGAUCUUAUACCAAAUGGUUCAAAUGUGCUUGUGACAAAUGAAAAUAAACUUCUGUAUUUAAAUGCAUUAGCUCAAUAUAGAUUGUCAAGUAGUGUCAAAGCUGAAAUCGAACACUUUUUAAAAGGUUUGAAUGAUUUAAUACCGGAUAACUUAUUAUGCAUCUUCGAUGAAAAUGAAUUAGAGUUACUGAUGUGUGGAACUGGAUCCUAUAGCAUUGCUGACUUCAAAGCAAAUCAUGCUGUUAGUGGCUCAUCAUAUGAAUUCAGGAAGGUUUUAGAUUGGUUCUGGAUUGCUGUUUCUAAUUUUACUGAGGAAGAAAUGGCAAGGCUUUUGCAGUUUACUACUGGUUGCUCUCAGUUACCGCCAGGUGGCUUUUCAGAGCUGAGUCCAAAAUUUCACAUAAUGGCUGCACCAACAUUUGGUAACUUGCCGACUGCCCACACAUGUUUCAAUCAGUUGUGUUUACCAGAUUAUGACUCAUAUGAACAGUUCGAAAGAGCUCUCAGGUUGGCUAUCAAUGAAGGUUCUGAGGGCUUUGGUAUGGUCUGAAGAACUAAAGCUAUUCCAUGUGAAAUAUUUUCAUCGCAUUUGUGAUUAUUUAUGCAAGAGAUUUCUUGUAUUAGAAAGAGUUGAAUAUAUGCAGUAAUGACUGUGAUUAAUUUAACUCUUCCAUUUUCACAGCAAAGUAUUUUAUAUGAUGUAGCUGACACUAGCAUAUUUGUGGCCAUUUUUAAUGGAUAUUUUGUGCCUCUCAUAACAGUAAAAAUUUUUCUUCAUGCUCUUUUUACUUUUCAAAAGAAAGACAUUUGCAUGUCACCACACAUUUGUAAACAACGAAAAAUCUAAUUUGCCUUGUCCUGUAUUUUUUCUUUGAAAUUCUUCUUUUGGGGGGCAAUCAUAUAAUUAUGCAACUUUAGGUGUUUGAAUGAUGUGCUUGUAUAUAUUUUUUCUGUCAGAAAGUUUUGUUUAUUCUUCUCACUGUACAGAUUUUAAUUGUGAACUUGCCUCAUACUUUUGAAUGUAAUCAUGUUGAAUUUAAAAUGGUGCCCACAAUUUAAUAAUACGUGAAUAUUUUCAAUCGUGUUAUUAAUGACAAUGGAAUAUCCUGUACUGUUUUGUAAUUUUCUUAAGGUUCUGAUUUAUUUUCUUAUACUGUCAUACUUUUAAGUAAGAUAUUUCCACUUUCCUGUUUCAGCAUAAUACUUAUUGAGGUUUCUUCCCUCAUAGAUUCUAGGCACAGAUUAAAAGGCAGGAGUUUUUAAACCAUGAAUUUUAUCUAGCCCACCGUUUAUUCUUAUAUUUUCAUAUGUAAAGUAGUUGAUAAGAAUAACAAAAUGCAAUCUUUUCUUCAAUGGUAAUUAUUGCUCAACCUCUGUUUAAAGUGUUCACUGCAAAAUUAAAAAUUCUCUGAAUUUCCUGCACUUGUUCUUUACAAAAAUUAAAAGUAGGUUUUUAAACAAUGUUUGUAAAAUAAUAAUAUUACAGUUCUUAUACUUUACUCAUUAUCUAAAAGAUACACAAAAUUCUAUCGAUAUGUUUGUGCAAUUUUAUUCAUUAUAUACAGAUUGAUAGAAAUUUUUGUUACAGCUUAUAUGUGUGUAGCUAUGGAAGUUUACUCAAUAGAUGAAGAGUUUCUGUUGAACUAAUAUUCAGAAAUUUAAUAGCUAUACUAACUGUUUUUAAUAUUAGAUUUUAUUCUGUACAUGUAUUUAAAACUAUUCAACCAGUGUGUUUGCUUUAAAGUAUUGUAAGUGCCAAAGUUGAAAUUUCACAUGUUUUUAAAUAUUGAUUUCAUCGAGAAUAUAUUGCAAUUUGUAUGCUUUAUUCAUAAUGUUAAAAUUGUCUGAAAGAUAUAUAAUUUCUAUUGCUAUACUUGUGAAGUUUUAUUAAUUAUAUACAGAUUGAGAGAAAAUUACUGUUUUUAUUACAGUUUAAUUAAUUUUUACAAUUUUACAAUUUAGUUUUAUUAGUAAGCUGUAUCACUUAUAAAAAUUGCAGCAUAUUUAUUUUCAAAUUUCUAAUGUUAUUUUUUUCUUUACUUAAAAAUAUGUGUUAACACAUUCAAUAAAAAAUACUUAAAUUUUAGUAGCUAUGUUCAAAUCUCUGAUCUUUAAUGUAGUUGCUGUUUAAGUAAUAUUUUUUCCAUUGUUUUGAUUUGGCCUGCUAAAGUAUGCAGAUGUUAAUGGUUGAGAAGUCUUCUAAAUGUAAUUAUUGUGAUCCAGUGAUUUCCUUAAGAUUUUAUUCAAAGUUAGAGGUAAAUUAAAUUUUCUGAGUUGGUACUCUGUUAUUGGAUAGUUUUCAAACCUGUGCUUAUCAUAUCCCACAUUCAUCCCUGCAAGACAGUUGUAAAAUAAGAACAGGAGAAUAAUGGUUGUUUGUGAUCAGAUAGUAUUUAAUUUACCUUUCUUCGGUUUGCACACUUGAGAAAAAAGGAAUUUUUAUUUCUACAGUCACUUCAAAAAAUACAUUAUACAAAUGUUAUGAAUGAGAAAUAGUUUUUAGAACAUCAUUAAGUCUGAUUUAUAUGUAGUGUAAAUGCAUGUGCAAUAAUAAUUAUGAUGACAAAUAAUGGUCCUAUGUUGUAAUAAUUAUAAAAGGGACAGAUAAUUGGUAGGAAAAUUAAAAGGGUCUAUGAAAUUAGAUAAGCAGAGUCGUGGUUGCAGAAGCAGGAACUAUGAUAAGGCACAGUGGUAGCAAAGUCUAAUGUUGCUAAGGUUAGUCAUCAGGUUGAGUGCUUGGCUGUUUGUGGGAACUGUAACUUUCACUGGAAUUCCCAAUUGUUCAUAUAGGGACUUCUGUUUGGAAUAAAACCAUGACUUUCCAAUAAUGUUGGCACUGUAAUCACUGAUACUACCAUGGGAAUCAUAGGAUACAGUACUGCCAUAAACGUCUCAGCAAAGUUACAUGGCUAGUGUUGAGUGAUAUCAUUUCUCACUGCAAAUAGAAAUGAAUACAAAUUUCCAACACAAAUAAUGUAAUGCAUUUCUUUGAUGUAAUACUAAUAAUAUUCCUAUACUGUAAGUCACAUUAAUUUUGCUCUUUUAAUUUAAAAAAAAAAAAAAAGAAAAAGAAAAAAAAGAAAGAAAGAAAAAGAUAAAAAUGCCUUUUGCAAAAGGUUUUAAAUAGAAAAUGUAAAAUAGAAUAACUUUGUAAAAACUUAAUGCUUCUGCAUGUUUUAUGUACUAAAAAAGGUUUUUUGAAUUAAAAAAGUACACAGAUGAUAUAGUGAUUGUGCUGGAAAAGAAGGAAAGAGUUGUGGACAAUCAGAAUUUGAUCCACUUUGGAGGUGUAGUUAUAAAGAUAAGUCCCUAUUUACAAAUCAAAUGAAAAAACUUUAAAGAAAAAACAAGGCAAUGCUAUGCAUAAGCAACUGCAUAAGUAAUGAAAAACUAUCUAAUACUUUAAAUAUGCUGCUGCAACCAACUGCAUAUGGCAUUAGAAUUUGUUUAUGUGUGUGAAAGAUACUAGUUCUGAAAAAGUACAGAAUUUCAUUAGUUUGGGCUUAAGUAACAGGACUUUUUAUGUUCUACAAUACAUAUAUUACAUUUCUUUAUAUAUCUCUGUUGCAUUUUGAGGUUUAGUCUAAAAUGUCAGAAUAACUUGACUAUCAUAUUAAUGAAAGAAAAUAGAAGUAUGCUGGAACUUCUUUUACAUAUUCCAUUACUUCACUUAAUGAUACCAGUGAGCAAUGUAGUGUACAAUAUUACUUUUUAAAUUAGUUUUCUUAUUUUUACUCUAUGUAUUAAUUAAACAUGUGUCUAUUUAGAUGUAUGUCAUGCAGCUAGCAUGUAUAAUACAGCAUUUAUCAUCUAUGGUAAGCUUUGAAAUCUAUUACUUGCAGAUAUGGUGACAGUAAUGUAUUAUGUUUCAUUUAAAAUAGAAUUUAUAUUUCUGUUUGAAAUAAAAGUAUUAUUUAAUUAAAAUUAAUUGUUUAAAUAAUAGUAUUUAUUUUGUUUUAUUCUGUUUAAGUACUGUGUGGUUGCUAGAAAAAACUAAACUAGUUAAAGAAAUUAUUAAAUUGGAACCAAAAUUAUAUUUUGAAUGCGUAAUCCAUGCUGAAAUAUAUUUAUAAUAAUACUCUUUUAUAUUUCAUUAAAUAUAAAUUACAAAUGGGUCUUUUGAAACGAGAGUUACAUUUGCAUGAUUUUGCAAUACUUGUGUUGGCCGUAUUUGCAUUUGCGUGUGUUCUGAUACUAGCAUGACUGAUUUAAAAUUGAAACGUAUUCUGACAUUACUUUGCUUUUGCGUAUUCUUACUGCAUAAUUAGAAUCAAAACAAACUUUAUAUAUUUAAUAUACUUAAUGCAGAACUGUCUAACCAAAGAAGUAUGUUAUUAGGGAUGUUUAACAUCUGAAACACAAAACUCAAGAGCUACAUUUACAAAGUGAAAUAGUGAUAAAAUUUCACAAAUAUGGAAAGAAAUAAAAGUAAUAUUUAAUCGUCUUGAAUGCAAACUGAGCAAAAUAUUUCCAUAAGAAAUUGUGGUUUGUAAUAUAGUGAAUGGUAUAUUAAUUUUGUUAAACCAAAAUCACUAGAUUUCCUGACUACUUAAAAAAGAUAUUUUAGAAUUUGUACAUGUUGGAUAUAAUUGCAUAUGUUGCUUUUAAUUUCUUUUUAUACUUUUCAGUUUCAGGAGUUAUUGCAUUAUAUUAGCGAAUUACUAUUAUUAUUAGUUAUUAGUGAAUUACUGAUUUAGAAACAGACAGUAUAGCUGAAUUAUGAAUGGGAUAAUUGGUAAUGUUUUUUCUGAAGUAUCUUGUUGGUAUUUAAAGAAAAUUGAAAAAUGUUCUUUAUUUCUUCCUAUUUUUAAAAAAUUAAUCUUUUCACAUAUUAUGCAAUAUUAAAUUUUUGUCAUGAUUUUUUAAUAUAUAUAUUGAGAGGGGGAAUAAUAUUGAUGCGUAAUACCUUAUUACUGUAAAUUUAAGCAGUAAUUUUAUAUUCAUAUUUUUUACGCAUUAAAUUAGGGUAUGGCUUAAAUCCAAAGCAAUUACUUUAAAAUCUUGUUUCUGCCAAUAUUGCAGUUUUGGAAAAAUAUCCCUGAAGAAAUUGUCAAGAAAUUGUAUUUAAUGUGUUAUAUUACUUAUGAUUUAAUUGUCACUGAAGAUGUGCUCUGAUGCAAUAGUGAAGGUGAGAAUUAAAGAUAUCAAAAGUGAUGGUACAUCUAAAAAUUCCCAAUAAAUUAGGCAAUAGUUAAGUAUAUUAGUCUCCUCCCCCCCCCAUUAUGUCCAAUUUGCCUUGUUUUAAAUUUAAAGUACUAUUGUAUUAUAUAUUUUCUGAAUAUACAAGGGAAAAGUGAUUUAAAUUUUGUAUAAUUUAUAAUUUCUUUUUAUGCAUAUACAGUACAAAGUCUGGAAUCCAGAUAUCCAACAAUCCAAUAUCUGGACCUUCAGACCACCAGUCCCCCCCCCCCAAAAAAAAAAUUAAUAUAAUAUAAAAAAUUCCCUCAUCCUCUUACGAAGUCUAGGAAUAAAGCAUAUAAUAUUCAAGAAAAGGAAGCAGAUGAGCCAUAAAUGCCACUGAGAUUCCUGCAUGUCAUUUUAAAACACCUAAUGACUAGGGAGUAGCACCAUGGCCACUAAUGUUAUAUUGAUUGACGUUGUAUUAAUGUUGGCCAAGAUCACCCUUUAGUGAAUGUGAGAGUGGAUAAAAUUUUUAUAUCUGACCCAAACAAUAAGUAAAGCUCCAAUAUUGCAGUAAAAACUUGUCAUCUUAUUUAGACUGAUGAUCUGAAAUCUAGAAUCGCUGAAGUCCCAACAAUUCCAGUUAUUAUACUAUAUUUAGUUGAUAUAGUUUGGAUAAUACUUUUCUGGAGACCUUAAAGUGUGUUUCUGAGUUUUUUUAACCAAGUGGAUUGGCAAAAAUUUAUCUGCGAUUUAGUGGGACUUCUGCAUUGAAUGUGAUAUUUGAUACGAAUAUGGACACAUGCAAGAUGUAAUUAAUUCUAAUUAGUUUUAUAGAAACUAUUAAUAAAGUAAUGCAUUCCUUUUUGUGAUAUCUGUGUUAUAUUGUAUUUAGCAUCAUUUGUUUAGAACGCUUUUCUUUAAAAUUCGUUAUAUACUAUAAUUUUAAGGCAGAUUUUUCUAAAUUCUUAAUUAUUAAUGAAUGAUAAUAGGUUUAUUUUUCUUUAUUAUUAAAUGUGAUUGUAUCUGAAUCUUGCUUGUUAUUGCAAUUUUCACAUAAAUUGUUUUUUACCUUUCUAUAUCAUAAGCUUCUAUAAUAUACCAUUGACUAUUUUUAUAAAGAUUUUCUGAAGUAUAUACAAGUUUGGUUUUUAAAUUUUAUUUUUCCAUUAACACACUUGCAAACUCUCAAACUUAAAGCUGUGAAUCUUUGGAAUAAUUUGCUACACUGAUUAUGUUGUGGUUUUGUAACAUUUCAGUGAAAUUUCAUGCUAUUAAGGAAAGUGCCAUAGUCAUCAGGUUAUAUAAGGUAAUUAUUGCUGACAUGUACUUUUAAAAUCAGCACAUUAAAUUGUUGUAAAAUUUGAACUUUUUGGGGGGAGGUCAGGAGUUUGCAAGAAGAAAUUAAAUUAUAUAGUAAGAAUAAAUUAGAAUAUGUGUAUAUGCAUGAGCUACUAUUAUUAAAAAUUAAACUGCAGAAAUAAUAUAGAUUACUUUCCAAAUAUUUAAUAUAAUGAAAAGAUUGAAAAAAAAAUAAAUGAGUGUUUGUAUUCUAAAUAAAUUGAUUUAAUAUAUGGCCUAUUUAAUUAAUAAAAAUUUUAUGUUAUAAAUUUUUGUUUUAAUCUUUCUUUUAUAUAUAUAAUUUUUUUAAAGUACGUGUAUAUUAAUUUUAUCACUCUUUCAUUAUUGAUCCAUCACUAUUAAGACUUUUCUGAGCUUAUAUUUAUAUUUUAUCCUUCAAAAUCUCUACAAACUAUGGCAUGUGUAACAAUGAAAAGUCUGAUUAUUUUUAAUUGUACUUAAUGGUUUUGAGAUACUUAAAAAAUGUAUAUAAGUAAUAGCCAUAUAAUUUCUUUCCUUACUUAUAUUUCUGGUUUAAUAAAGUUUUUUCUGAAGUGAUGCUAUAUUAUGCUGUUAGGUUCAUGCAUGUUGUCGAAUUUAUAAAUCUAACUUUAAUGCCAGUAAUUGUUCAUCCAGUUUCUCAUUUUACUCCCCUCUCUCUCUCUCUCUCUCUCUCUCUUCUUUUUUUUUUUUUUUUUUUUUUUUUUUUUUUUUGUUUUUUUUUUUUCUGAUUGAAAAUUUGAUCUACUUUCUAUAGGUACAGAUUUUGUAAAUAAUUUAAUACAUUCCACGUUUCUUAUUUAGAUGCAAGGAGUAUAUUUCAGUUUUAAUACUAUUUCUAUAUUGCUUGUACUUAAGUGUCUAGGACUGAUUUGAGCAUUUUUAUAUUUUGUUUUAUCCUUGAUUUCAUAUUAUCUCUGGGUGAAAAUGAAUCUAUUAAAAAUGUAUUUAUACUUAAACUGUAAAAAAUAUAAAAUUUUCAAUCAUAUAACCUGUGGUUUUACUACUUUAAAAUUGGAAGUUAUAUUUAGUUUUACAGUUAAAAAUCGCAUAUUUAUUAUCUGUAAUUCAUUAUACUUGUUAUUGGUUGAAUGAUUAUAUUAGUUAUAUGUGUCAGAAGUUAAUAUAGCCUAGACAUACGCACACAUGCACAAGAAUAAAUUCUGGAAGGUAUAUUUUAAAACAGGAUCCUAAAUUGUGUACUAGUUAAACAUUUUGCUUGAAAUAAAAUCUUUUUCACUUUUUGUUACAUUGAUUUAUUAUUGAUUGUAUAUAAUUAUUAUUGUAAUCACUGUAAACAUUAAAAAUUUACUUAGUUAUUUCUUAUGUAAAUAUUAAAACAGUGCAAUAACUAUUUUAUUUGUCCUGCUUAAAAAAAAAAAAAAAAAAUCUUUUUGGUUUGAUUGCAAAAUUGAGAAGUUUAACAUGUAUUUAAAAAUAUUUCAUAACAUCCUUAUGAAAUCUUUAUUUUAAUAUGUUUGGGCUUCUGAUUUGUGAUUGUUACUGUGAUAAAUUGUCUACGGUGCUUUUUUUAAUUUUGUAAAAUAGUGUAUAGGUGUUUUUGCAUUCAUUUUUUAAAAUAUAGCUUAUUUUGUUACACAUUCAUUAAUUUCUAUUCCUUAAUCGACUUUUUCUGAAUGCAUGAUUUUUCUAAAUGAUGUGCCUCAAACAUGUUGCUUGGUAGAAUAAUUUGUAAAUUGUUGUAUUCAUUGUAGUCAAACUGUAAAAUAAUUCAUUUAUGAAAUAAAUUUUUUCAAUAUUGUCA